AUGGCGAGCAGACAAAGCGAAGAAACAGUUCUGAAGAUACAAAAAAUUCACCAGAAGGCUUCUUUCAAUUACCUCAACAAGGCUCUUGGUAUUGAUGAAAAUGGAAAAGAUGUUGCAGAUAAGAAGAAAGCAGUGGAGUUGUACAAGAAAGGGAUUGAGGAGCUACAGAAAGGAGUUAAUGUCAUUAUUCUGGGAGAAGGACCAGAUUUUGAAAGAGCUCGAGGAUUGAGGAGUAAGAUGCAGAACAAUCUCAUCAUGGCUCAGGAUAGGCUGCAAGUUUUGGGUGUGUCCAACGAGAUCAACAGGCAGACACCAACCACGAAAACUUCAUCCGCAACAAAAACAACAACAACAAACUUAAUCACGCCAACACCAUCGUUAUCAUCACCAUCGUCAUCGUCACCACGCGAGUUAAACUACAGAAAAUCUAAUUUCUAUACCCCCAGUGGCAAACAAGCUGGCGCAGGUGAUGAUGAUGAUGAUGGUGAUGCGAACAACAACCACCACAACCCCACCCCCAACUUGUCCUCCUUGAAGAACGUGGACAGGCAGCUGCUGAAUGUUAUUCUCAAUGAGAUCAUCGACUCUGGACCCGCUCUUAAGCUGUCUGAUGUCGCUGGUCAAGAAACUUCGAAGCAAGCCCUCCAUGAAAUUGUCAUUCUGCCCUCCUUGAGACCUGAGCUGUUCACCGGCCUGCGCACUCCAGCUCGUGGUCUCCUGCUGUUUGGACCGCCUGGGAACGGGAAGACGAUGCUGGCCAGGGCAGUGGCUCACGAGUCAAAGUGGACCUUCUUCAACAUCAGCUCAGCCAGCCUUACCUCGAAAUGGAUGGGCGAGGGUGAAAAGUUGGUGAGAGCUUUAUUUGCUGCUGCCAGACAUUUGCAACCGUCUGUCAUUUUUAUUGAUGAGAUAGACUCCUUACUGUGCGAAAGAAAAGAGAACGAACAUGAAGCCAGCAGAAGAAUUAAAACGCAGUUCAUGAUUGAGUUUCAAGGGAACGAAUCAUCGGGUCCAUCGCCCGAUCGACUUCUCGUCAUAGGAGCAACGAAUCGACCUUUUGAACUUGACGAUGCCGUUCUUCGACGAUUCCCGAAACGAAUAUUCGUCCCAAUGCCAGACCUCCAAACUCGCUUCCAACUUUUAGAGCGACUCCUGAGGCGACAGAACGAAAGUGGUGGUGGUAGUGGUGGCGGUAGUGGAUGGAAAAUGAGUCGAGAUGAUGUUAUGCAUGUAGCUAACCUUACAGAAGGGUACUCCUCCAGUGACCUGACCUCAUUGGCCAAGGACGCUGCCAUGGGACCAAUCAGAGAGCUGGAUUUGAACAGAGUCAAAAAUAUGAACGCCAACAAUCUACGAGACAUAGAGGUUCAAGAUUUCACGGAUUCCUUGAGGAGGAUCCGUCCCUCGGUGCCGCCAGAGACCACCCAGCAACUGCAGAGCUGGAACAAGAAGUAUGGAGAUGUCAGUCUGUGA